AUGGAUGCCCCAAGGGAGAUAUUCUUGAAAGACUAUAAGAUGCCAGAUUACUACUUUGAUUCUGUACGGAAUUUUCUUUCUCUGAUAUCAUAACCUGGGUGCCAUUUUCUCUAUAUUACGUUUUUUACUAUAUGGAUAUCUGGAAAAGAGAUUCAAAGCCAAUGAAAUUUUCUGGGAAUUCAAAUGUUUCAUUGCUCAUGAAUUCCUGAUCUAGAUGUAGGCAGGCUAUGGUGAAAGGUCGUAAAAUUGUUGAAUAUGUGGAAAUUUCUGGCAUUAAGAAUGAUCAACUUCAUUGGCACAAGUAUGUAGCCGUUAUUCCCUUUGAUUUUCUGCUACAUCCACGAUAAUGCUGUUUUUAUGGUGAGUAGUCGAUUGAUUAUGAUCAAUUAGCGCAGAAAGUUUUGAGUGAAGGAACUGUGAUUCAUAACCACACUUCCGACGAAGAGCAUGACUACAUCCUGUUGUCACAUCAUCCUUCUUUUGAUCACCUGCCUUUCAUGUCACAUACCGUUUUGAUUUUCAUGUGGGAUCCUCUGGUGGCUUGUAAGUCAUCUCUACAGUUUAAUUGUAGGUUUUCUUCCAUUUCAUCUAAGGGAACAAGUUUGGGAACCGUACUAUCACUCAUUGUAUUAGCUGAACGUAAUGAUUGAUAUGACAUGGCAAUUCUAUUCCAUUGUAGUCCCAGUUAUCCCUUUUAUAUAUUUAUGAUUUGUCUGAUUCACAAAUGCUGUUGUCCACGCGUGUGGCCGUUCUUGAAAAUGUGCUUGCUUACUGUUGGGGUGAAUACCAUCAAUGAUUCUUAUUAAAUUCUUUUUUGCUGAUUUUUUUUGCGUUUCUAAACAUCAUGGAAAUCAAACGAUAAACCUCCAUUGUGUCAUUAUCAUUUGCCAGUUGUGACAGCUGAGUGCUCUGUUUUGUUAUGAAAUAUAUAUGUACACAUGAUGGAUUUGAUGUUAUUAUGAGAUGAUCUUUAUAUCAUUUAUGCUAUAAAUAUAUGAAUUGUUGGUAUAGCUUCUUUUUAAGAGCAUAUUUGUUUUGCUUUUCUUGAAUGAUUAAUAUGUCGCCUUCACAUAAACGCAGGUGGAUUUGAGCUUUUUGUUGGGAGAGGAGAAGACAAUUGUUUCAUCAAAGAUUAUAGUCUCCCCAAGGAUUGAAGGUUUGCUUAGUCAAAUUCCCAAAUGCCGUUUCCAUAGACUUGUAAUACUAAUAUCUUUGUUUCAUGCAUAUUAAAAUUUUAUCUCCCGUUUGUUUACUUCCAUGGUAUGUUCCAAACAAAUGAUAUAUGUGUAUUGACUAACUGGUUCGUCUGUUUCCGGAACAAUAAAAUUUACCGUGUUCCAUGAUGUUGUCACCGUUUUCUUUACAGAUCCUUUCACUAUAUUUCGUGCAAGUGGUUAUAAUGUUAUCCUUUUUUUGAAAAUAACCAAACUCGUGCAGUUCUUUUGAGCAAUGCAUCAUUCACCUUUUUGUUGAUGCUCAAGUUUGUCACUAUGCUACAACUUUAAAUGCUUCAUUUUUUAUCGGAGGAAUAUUUCAUUUUCCCUGACCAUUCAUUUGUAUAUCGCAGGAAAUUCCCAUCCCUUGGUUCUUGAUGGGCGUGAUGUCAAGCUAUUAUCUGUUAAAGUUGAUGACAAGGAUCUGAAGGUAGUUCUUGCUGGGCAUUGAUUUAAUUAACUUUCCGAGUUGAAAUUUCGCUUUUUGCCAGUGUCUUACGAAAAUGGAUUCUUGUGCGUAAAGCUGCUUAUGAAAUUUAAGAGAAGGCAUAAUCCACAGUUCUUCUUCAUUAUUACCAUCCAAUGCCCUUGACUUGUUACUUGAACCGUGACUUAUAGCAGACAUUCAAGUUUGAUGCACUUUACACCUCGUUCUUCUUUCCCUUUACCUUGAUACUCCACAACUGUUGUGUCACUAAAGUGGUAUCCUAUUUAAAGUUUCCAUAGUUUCCGUGAUCAAUGGUGGUUGUUUUUCAUCUUAACCAAGAACUGUAUUUUUAUGUCACUUUUGAUCCCUGUUAGUUUUAUUCGUUUCUCCAGUUCCUCAGAAGCAGUUGAAAUUCUCUUAAAAGUGGUGCAGCUUAGCGAGAGAAUGCGUAUGUGUUUGUAUUUAAACAUUUUGUAUGUGUGUACGUCUGCAUACAAUUAACAAGAGGUAAAAGAAGGGAGGGUGUUUAUUAAUCAAGUAGAAUAUCAGCAAUGUUAAAUGUUUGUUGCUUGGCCACAUCAAUGAUGUGAUGCUCUGGCUUUGUGGGACAUGGUCGCUGGGAUGUAACAGUGUCUAUGGUCGAAGAGACCCAAACUGAUGCGUUGAUAGAUAGGGGAAGCGCAUGCGAGCCAGCUCUAUAUUUCUAUGGAGUAUAACCUUGGAGGGUGUUCAUGAUGAUUUAAGCUGGCUUUAUUGUUCAAGGUUAAGUUGUGCUAUUCAAAUGCCAAUUGUCUGCUGCAAUGACGUUGGAUUGAUUCUACUUGCACAACUUCAAUAUGUUGGUAUUGCAUGGUGUGUUCCAGGACAAGUUGCAAGGAAAAUUUGCUUUAAUGGAUUAUCGUGGAUGAAAUUUAAUAUUUCUACUUUAUACAUCCGUGGCUUUCUAAAUAAAAUAAAUGGUUUGACAUUUCUCGUGAUAUUUUAGUAACAAUGACAUUAUUUAGUGCUAGUCUCACGUUGCUGUAAUAUUCAAGCAUUACUGUUUUUAAUUUCUUUUUGGCUUGGGGACAUUUCGCUGAAUUUCGCUGGAUUAUUCAUAUAUUUGAUAUUGUUGACCAUCUUCCUCUGUAAAAUGAUUACGAGGCAGUGAUUUUCUUGGAUUUCUUAGGUUGAAAAAAAUCAUGUGCCUAUGCUUAAGAGUAUUGCAUUCUAUCUGUGAAUAUCUUUUUUUUUUUCUGCGUCUGCUUUGGUCAAUGCUAGGAGGAGGAUUUUCACCUGGACUCGCAUCAUUUGACGCUGACAAGGCCCCCUAGUGGGACAUUUACUCUGGAAAUUGUUACUGAGAUAUGUCCUCAAAACAACACAUCUUUAGAGGUGAUGCACGUUUUGGUAUAUAUUUUGAUUGCAUAUUUAGUUGAAAACGUACUCAUUUCACUGUAAACAUGUUAUAUUUAUAGGGUCUUUACAAAUCUUCGGGAAAUUUUUGUACUCAAUGUGAGGCAGAAGGUUUCCGUAAAAUCACGUUUUUUCAGGUAUUCUCUUUUGAAUUAUGCUUGGAAAAAGUAAACGUUUUAUGUAAUUCUGUUCUCCUGUUUUAGCGAUUCACUUGUUUCCAUAGGUAGUUUUUUAUUUUUUUUUUGAGACUCGGAUCAAUUCUCAUUAUGAUCCAUUCUUAGGAUCGCCCUGAUGUCAUGGCGAUAUAUACUUGCCGGAUUGAAGCAGACAAAACUCUUUAUCCUGUUUUGCUAUCCAAUGGGAAUCUUAUAGAGCAAGGGGAUCUUGAGGUAACAAUUUUUGCUGUUUUAGUCUUGUUUCUGCUUUAUGCUGAGUUGCUGCAUUGCAUAAUUUGUACCUUAAUUUGGUCAUAUUUCUGAAUAGGGAGGAAAGCAUUAUGCUUUAUGGAAGGACCCUUUCAAGAAACCUAGCUACUUAUUUGCUCUGGUUGCUGGACAAUUAGAAAGUAGGGAUGACACAUUUAUCACCUCGUCUGGCCGGGAAGUGUCUCUGAGGAUUUGGACCCCCGCGCAAGACUUGCCAAAGACAGCGCACGCAAUGUAUUCUCUCAAAGCUGCAAUGAAAUGGGAUGAGGAGGUGACUGGGUUGUUUUGAUAGCGUGCUGUUUAUUUUUGAAAUUGAUCAAUUUGUAAGGAAAAAAGCUUAUUUCUGCAGGUUUUUGGUCUUGAAUAUGAUCUUGAUUUGUUCAACAUUGUGGCUGUUCCAGACUUUAACAUGUAAGUUUUAAUUCGGUUUCCUGUGUUUUUCCAGUUGGCAUCAUCGCAGUCUUUUAAGAUCUUUUAUCCUUGAUUGCAUCCUAUCCUCUUAUGGAUUAAGAAUGAUAAAGUAUGAUGAAAUGAUUGUCUAAAGUAUCCACAUUUUAUGGUUUCCCUGAACUUAUAUGUGAUGCUCGAAUUUGCAUACCUAAUAUGAAUCAUUCGCUAAUAGUAUGAUGAGUCUUAAUCAUUUGAAAGUUCAGUAUAACUGCAGACCACCUAUCUACUUGGAGUCUAACAUGGGAUAUAACAUGGACAUGAGAAAUAAAUCCAUAAAUGAUUGGAUGACCUGAUGAUGGGAACGAACUGGAUAUGGUUUGGAGCUGGAUUGUUUCUCCAAUUCUUAACGUUAUAUAUGACGAUUGAUUCACUAUGCGUCUUUAAAUGUGGAUUAUUUCUUCUGCCUUUGGAUUGUUUUGUCGGUUGGUGGGUCUUUUUCCCAGCUUGAAUCUCUCGACAGAAAUUUAAUUAUGGAACUGAGUGAAAACUGGAUCAUCUCUUCAUUCAUUUUUGUUGUGCCCUUGGAACUAUGAGUUUGUUUUUGUUUGAAGUUACGCACUUCAAAUUUUCAUCCUCAUUUGACUGUCACAUAGAAGUGUUUGACAUUUUUGUUAUUUUCUUUCAGGGGAGCCAUGGAAAAUAAGAGUCUAAAUGUACGCCUUUUUUUAUAAUUUUUUUUUCAUCAACAAUAUUUACUCUGUUGUAUGAUCUGAUUUAGCUUUUUAUGAUCAUUCCCAAACUUUUGGCAGAUUUUCAAUUCGAAGCUUGUUUUGGCAUCACCUGAGACGGCAACAGAUGGGGACUAUGCUGCAAUACUAGGGGUUAUCGGUCAUGAGGUAGGCUUUAAAAGAGUUGUUGACUAAUGAUAUUUAUUUUUCUUAUCAAAUUUCUGAAUAUAUUUAAAUCAUAUGAAAUGGCUUCAAUGUCUCUUCUUUGCAGUAUUUCCACAACUGGACGGGCAACAGGUUGGUCCUUUUUCUCAUAGAGCAAGUUUUUAUAUUUUUCUCUUUGGAGGGUAAUGUAAUCAAGUUAUGUUGCUUAACGGUUUCUAAAUUGUAGCUAAUUUCUUUUGAGUGGUUCCUCCUUUGAUUUGUUAUUGGAUCAAGGCUUAUAGAUGUUUAAAACACGAUCUUUUGCUUUUGAGAAGAAUCUAAUAGCCGAUUAACAUCUUUUGCUUUUGAUUUAUUAAUGGCUGAAGGUUUAUAGGAAUAGGCUCGUUACCACAUUAUCUUCUUUCGUUAUUUAUUUUUUAGAUUAGUUUUAAAGUUUUUUUCUCCAAUAUUUUUUUUUUAUAUACUUGUUGCAGAGUGACAUGCCGUGAUUGGUUCCAGCUCAGUCUUAAGGAGGGCCUUACAGUAUUCAGAGAUCAGGUCUUUAUCCUUUGUAUUAUUAACUUUUUCAAGGCAGUUUGCACCCUGACUCAUGCAAAUGAAUUUACUUGUCUUUAGAUAUCACCGUGAAAAUGGCACUUUGAUGAGAACAGUAUGCCACAUGCUUCUCUUAGCAAGGCACACGCUUAUGGCCAAUAAAAAAAUGGUUAUGGUGUCUGAUGAGACCCCUGAAAAAAAGGGAAAAAGGGAGGAAUAAAUAUGUGUGUAAGCGGCUGGCUACAUGUGAGCUAGGUUGAUACUUUUUCCCUUGGGCCAAAGGCAUGCCGAAUUUUCAAAUUUCCCCCUCUUCUUCAGAUAAUCCGAAGCCACUUGCACAACGAUUUACAAAGUGUAGGAUACUUGAUAAUUGAUAUUGCUAUAUUGACUUCUUUUUUUCUGGAUCAUCUUGGUUGUAUUGUGGUCUAAUCACUAGACACAAUUCCAAUCUCAUUCCCUGAAUUAUUUAAAAUUAAUAUAUGACUGUUAGUACAUUGUUGACCCACCCUUGUUUAUAGGAGUUUUCCUCUGACAUGGGAAGCCGGACAGUUAAGCGCAUAGCUGAUGUUUCAAGGCUCCGAAACUUUCAGUUCCCACAGGUGUAGCCUUUUUUAUUGGAUAAUAUUUUUGUCUAGUUCAUGCUCUUUGGUAUACUUUGCUUCCUUCUACUAUAAUAUCUCCUGUUGUGGCAUAAAUGAUAUACCUAUGUUUUUUACUUCGAAUUUUUUCUGUGAUCAAGAUAUGAAGGGGUUUGGAGAACAAGAUGUCUUAUCUGUAAAAAAAAAUUUAGCUUCUCAGAUCAAAUUCUUCGUGGUUUUAACCAUCAUUUAGAAAGACAUGAAUGACUAGAGUCCUUUUAACUUUCAUAUUUUUCUUGCUAGAAAUAUUUUGAUCGUCUAAAAUUUACACGUGUUGAUUUAUUUUCAGGAUGCAGGUCCUAUGGCACAUCCUAUUCGGCCUCAUUCAUAUAUCAAGGUAACUAUCAGACCAUACUCAUUUCUGCUCAAAAUGUUCUUAGACCGUAUUGCUAUCAAUUGUAGUGAAACUUGGAUUCUUAUUCAUCAUUAUGUUUUCCACAGAUGGACAAUUUUUAUACAGGUGGGUUUUCAGCUGCUGCUUUAUUUUCCUCAAAGUCUGCUUAGAGAUUAGUGUUAUCAAUCUGCUCACGUUUCUGAUCGCUUUUCUCGUAUUCGUCCUGCUUGGCAAUGGAACAAAUAUUGUCGUCGUGAAGUGACGGUACGCCCAGAACUUUUGUCUUUUAGGGUUUGCUUACAUGACUCUUCAUCUCCUUAUCUUCUGUUUUUCUCUAUGCAUGGAAUAAACACGUUUCUAUCCAACGUCACAACUUCAGGUGUACGAAAAGGUUUGUUUCCCGCUGAAGUUCAUUUGUCUGGAUAAUUUCCUUCCCAUGGCAUGUUUGUCUUAACAAUAGUGCUGACGUGACAUAAACAGGGUGCUGAAGUUGUGAGAAUGUAUAAAACCUUACUCGAAAGCUCAGGGUUUCGGAAGGUAUAUGACCUUUUCAUUUUCGUUCUCAUCUCACGUUGCUGAGGUUCCUUUUCGUCAAAAAGUUUUUAUCUUCUAACUCUUUAACGGUUUAUCUUCUUCUUGGACAAACGAAUAUGUUGGACCUCAAUGAUAGCUUGUACGGUUUAUGAUACCAGGAUCAAUGAACACAUUUACUUAUUUCAGGGAAUGGAUCUCUACUUUAAGAGACAUGAUGGACAAGCUGUGACAUGUGAAGAUUUUUUUGCUGCCAUGCGGGAUGCUAAUGAUGCAGAUCUUUCUAAUUUUUUGUUAUGGUAUUUUUUCUUCCCUUUUAUUUCCCUAUUAGUGGUGUCUGGGGAGAGGCACUUGACCAUGUAGAUAAUUGUUCAUAAUGGAUAGGUACUCUCAGGCUGGAACCCCUAAUGUGAAAGUUGUGUCAUCCUACAACAGUGAAGCAAUGACGUUUUCUUUGAAAUUCAGGUAAAACCUCAUAUUCCAAUAUGCAUGUUAUUUCUUUGACCUUUUUGUCUCAAAUUGAUGCAUGCUUUCACAAUGCUCAUGAAAUUUGAAACUCUGUAUUACAUAAAUGUUUGAUGUUUAGUACACAAAGGGGAAUUGUUAUUUGAAACAUUCGAAGAUAAAGCAAUCAGGGUGGUAGAGAAGCCAAAUAAGGCAAUUAUCUGUAUCCCUUAUUGUAGAAAGAAUUCAUUAACUUCAGAAACGGUAAGCAACAUUUGAAGGACAGAAAGGAAUUAAUCCUAUGAGAUUGGAUUAUCUUAAGAGCUGUGCCAAUUGGUGUAACUUUUAUCCACCAAUCAUUGCUUCAACAGUGAAAUUUUUACGUGUAAUUUUUUUUUCACGUUCUCUAAAAAGUUUUUUUGUGAAGCAAUUUAGUAAUGUAGUUAAAAGCUCCAUUACUGCACGCUGCGAUGCUGUUUAUGUCCUAACAUAACUUUAUAAUUAAUGUUACCCGUGUCCUAGUAAUAUGUGGCAGAAUUUAGAUAAGACGAAUUUUUUAAUGAUUCCAUUUUUAGUUUUAAACCUCUUGUCGGAUUUAGAUUUUGAUGCGAAUAAUAUCUUAGACGACGUUGGUGAGAUGAAAAAGGAAAAGUAGUCAUUGAUGCGGAGCAAGUAAUGCUUUGAGAUGUGAAAAGUUGCCAUUGUCUGUUAAAAUGAAAACUUUUUUGGGUGUCGGUGGUGUUGACAAAAAAAAGGACGUUUCAGAUAUGUAAGAAUCCUAUUAUUCAGUGUCUGCUUAGUCAGCACAAUUGUAAAGCUGUUGUCAGUGUGAAUAGCUGUGCCUACUGCAUGAUAAUUGUCAAAUUGAAUGCCUUGUUACCAAAAAGGCCCUCAGUGCCCACAGCUUGCCCGCAGACUCUUGCAAUCAGUAAAUUCAAUGGUAUGCAGAGGUUAAUUAAAAUGAGAAGGUUUGUAGGCUAUCAUAUUGGAGCAUAAUCUGUUAUUGGGUCUGGUUAAUUGAUUAUUUGAAAGGUUCUGGUGACUUGACUUUUUCUCUCAAGUUGCUGUUUAAAAAUCACUUGGAUAUUUUAAGAAAAGUUUGCGUAUCCUCAGACCUUACAUCAUAACGAAGGUAAAAAAUCACUACCUCAAGAAUGCUGUGACCACCUCUGCGCUAAGAUAGCCAGAGGGUUUAGGGGUAUGCUGCCAGCUUCCCACGAAAUUCCUCUCGUUUUAUUGAACAUGGCGUGAUGAAUCUGCAACAGGUCCUUAAAAAAUGUUCUUUAUUAUUCCUUUUAUCCGUAUGUCUUGACAAUGGAAACAUAGUCAGCAUUCAACUUUAGCGAACUUUUUUCUUAAAAAUCAUCUGCGUUGUGUCAUUUGUUAUGGAGUUUUGCAGUGAUAUUAUAUGAAACGAAGCGAUGAAGUUUUAAAUUUUUUAUCCUCAGUCAAGGAGUUCCAGCAACCCCUGGCCAGCACGUGAAAGAACCAAUGUUUAUACCUGUGGCAGUCGGCCUACUCACCUCAAGCGGAGAGGACAUUCCUAUCACCUCUGUGUAUCAUGAUGGAACCCUGGAGACGGUCAUGGAGAAUGGUCAGCCAGUUUUUACGACAAUUCUUAAAGUUAAUAAGGUAUCUUCCGCCGCUUUUUGGAGCAUUAUUACGUAAACUUACAUUCAAAAAAUAAUUCGGAUGUUCCAGUUAACGUUCAAAUCAAAUAGUAUGAAGGUACCUAUUAUAGGUGGAGAUGAUUCCCACUUCACUGUGGGAUGAUCAGUAUGUUGGUUUUUUUUCUGUGUGCCUAUUACAAUAUUUCCAAAGAAUGUAGAAUGUCUGACACUGAAAUCUACAUGUUGAUUCGAUAAAUAUGUCUCAAACGCUUGUGUGUGCUCCAAUGACAUUCAUUUCUCUGAUUUCCUCAUCCUGUUGAUUGGAUUUUGUGCCCCAUAUAUCAUCUUUUUCUAUUUCGGGGUUUAUUAUGGGUACCAGGAACAUGGGAUUCAUAUAAUUCAACGUAGCCCUGGAUGAUUGACUACAAUCUGAAUUUAUAAUCCCAUAUCCUCCCCAACGCUCAUAAUUUUUGUUCUAAUGCUUACCUUUACUUUUGAUAUUAACUUUUCCUUUUACUUGAGCAGAAGGAAGAUGAAUUUGUCUUUGCGAACAUUGCCGAGAGGCCAAUUCCUUCUUUGCUGCGUGGCUUUAGUGCUCCUAUCCGUCUCGAUUCUGAUCUCACUGAUGAGGACUUAUUUUCCCUGCUUGCACAUGAUUCGGAUGGGUUCAAUCGGUAUGCAACUGAAUAAUAACACUCUAUGUGCUCUCUUCUUCUGUAAACCAUGGUAUAAAAUUAACACUCUAUGUUGUUUCAGCUGGGAGGCGGGCCAGAUACUCUCGAGGAAGCUCAUGCUCAGCCUGGUGGCUGAUUUUCAGCAGAGUAAUCCCCUGGUUUUGAACCCUAAGUUUGUGGAGGGGCUCAGAACAAUCAUACGCGACCCCAGCUUGGAUAAAGUAAUGGUUUGACUGAGUUGCUCUGUUUCCGGUACUUUGAUGUACAUGCCAUGAUUUGAUGGUCUGUCACGAUUGUAUUCCUGAUUUAGGAAUUCAUCGCAAAAGCUGUCACCUUGCCGGGUGAGGGGGAGAUCAUGGACUUGAUGGAGGUUGCUGAUCCAGAUGCCGUCCAUGCAGUCCGGAGUUUCAUCAGAAAAGAGCUCGCUCUUCAACUGAAAGAAGAGUUCCUCUCAACUGUGAGGCACUUUCAAAAUCAUAGCUUUUUUGGGCAAUUACUGAAAUAAUACUUGGAGCAUAUCGAUCUAAAUCCUCUAGAUCAUGCAACUGAUAGCUGUUCACUCCUCUGAUUAGUUCCUUGUUGGCUGUUCAUUAAAAUAACCCAGCAGACAAUUUUCAUUUCGCCAGGGAUUUUUAUUUUAUUUUUUACAGUUGUUUUGUGUUUAUCUGUUCUUCCUCUUAGAUCAAUGUUCUUGCAGCUAGCUGGGUGGGAAUUUUUUUUCUAUUUACUGCAACAGGGGUGCUCAGCAUCUUUCCUCACAGGUCAUAAACAAUAGAAGCUCAGAACCUUACACAUUCGACCACGAGAAUCUGGCAAGGCGUGCGUUGAAGAAUGUUGCUCUUGGUAUGCCCAUUUGCAGAGCUUACUCCAGAUCACCGUCCCAACCAUCGUCAUCAUAUUUGACUGUUUUCUGAUCCCACGUUCAUCGUCCUGCAGCUUAUCUUGCUUCCUUGGGGGACGAGGAGUUGACUAACCUCGCAUUGGACGAGUACAAGUCUGCGACUAACAUGACCGAUCAGGUUGCUGCUCUGGCUGCCAUAGCUCAGAACCCAGGCCUGGCACGAGAGGAGGUCUUGUUGGAUUUCUACCAAAAGUGGUCGGAUGACUUCUUGGUGGGCCCCAAACUCUUAGAUGAACGCAGGAAAUGGCCUUUUAUGCCGUUGACAUUUCUUAAUUUGGUCAAUGUUCUUUUUUGUCAGGUCGUGAAUAAAUGGCUCUCUCUCCAAGCCAUGUCGGACAUUCCUGGGAACGUUGCGAAUGUCCAGAAUCUGUUGAAGCAUCCUUCGUUUGACCUCCGCAAUCCUAAUAAGGUAGGCGGCAUAUUUAUCCAUAUAUGAAUAAAUAAUAAGUGAUGAUCAAUAAGCAUAGAAAUGAUAAUACUUCUAUUUCUCUGGUAGAACAGAUCAUCCUUGCAUAAAAGGCAUCGUUCUUCCCGUCGUUGACCUUACUUCUCUUCAUUUCUAUCUCAGGUCUACGCUCUCGUCGGAGGAUUCUGUGCGUCCCCGGUGAAUUUCCACGCCAAGGACGGGUCGGGAUACAAGUUCUUGGGGGAUAUCGUCCUGCAGUUGGAUAAGCUCAACCCUCAGGUGAUUUAUGUCACCUCACCGAACUCGUUGACUUAAUAUCUAUCUAUUGACCCUCGGCUUCUGAAAUCCUUGCCCCCUUUGACUUCAGGUUGCCUCCCGCAUGGUCUCCGCCUUCUCUAGGUGGAGGCGCUUCGAUGAUUACAGACAGGCCCUGGCAAAAGUAUUCUCCUCCUCCAUGACGUUGACCAUUCCAGAAAUGGAAUGAAGUCAAACCCCUCCCCCCCCCCCCCCCCUCCGUUUUACAGAAAACAUUGUCUAAUUUUUUUUUCCUUGACUGUAGGAACAACUGGAGAAGAUUCUGGCGGCUAAUGGGCUCUCCGAGAAUGUAUAUGAGAUCGCCUCCAAGAGCUUGGCGGCGUAA